GGAGGCUCGUUCUUUCUGGCCAACUUGGCUAAAUCGUCAGCCUCGCCGCACCGACAGACUUCUGGAAAGUUUCUGUUAGGUGUUCCCCCCCAACCCUCCGUUGCUGUCAUGGCCCCCAGCGCGCAGUUAAAGGAGGCGAUAGCUGACGUCCAGGAGGGCAUCCGGGCCAUCCUGCUCGGUCCUCCCGGAGCCGGGAAGGGAACUCAGGCUCCCCGGUUAGCUGAGAAGUACUGCGUCUGCCACCUGGCCACAGGAGACAUGCUGAGAGCCAUGGUGGCGUCGGGCUCUGAGCUCGGCAGGAGGCUGAAGCAGACCAUGGACUCCGGCAAGCUGGUCAGCGAUGAGAUGGUCGUGGAGCUCAUUGAGAAGAACCUGGACACGCCUCCCUGCAGGAAUGGAUUCCUGCUGGACGGUUUUCCCCGAACGGUCAAACAGGCAGAAAUGCUGGACGACUUGUUGGACAAGAGGGACGAGAAGCUGGACUCUGUGAUCGAGUUCUCCGUCGACGACUCUCUGCUGGUUCGCCGGAUCUGCGGCAGACUCAUUCACCAGCCCAGCGGCCGCUCCUACCACGAGGAGUUCAACCCCCCCAAAGAGCCCAUGAAGGAUGACGUGACGGGCGAGCCGCUCAUCCGCCGCAGCGACGACAACGAGACGACGCUACGCUCCCGUUUGGACGCCUACCACCGGCAGACGUCCCCUCUGGUGCAGUACUACAGCGCCAGGGGUCUGCACACGGCCGUGGACGCCUCCCUGAGCCCCAACGUGGUCUUCGCCUCCAUCGUAGCCGCCUUCUCCGCGGCCACAGAGGUCCCUGCUCGCGCCACAGCCUGUAAAGACCAAGUGUUCUUCAUUUAACCCCUCUCUUCCUUCCUGUUUCCCGUUUCGCUGCCUUUAUUUCCCUCCAUGUUGGAGACUCUGACAGCAGAGAGGCAACAGAAUACGACGCUGAGGGAAACGGGAGCUUAACGAGCCGGCGGUGCUCUUGUUCUAGUGGGAUCCUCCUGCUGGUGGAACCUACUGGCCUUCUUUAACCUUCCCUUUCCUUCUUGGAUCCUUUUUUUUUUUAUUCCUCCGUCCCAUUCCAGCUUUUCCUUCUCCUAUAACUUCAGCGGCUGAGUUUGAUUUAUGUGAUUUCCAGGUGUGAGAAGUGAGAAAAUCUUUGUUUCAGAACCCACUUCCUGUCCGGUUGUGUACAUCUGUGGGUUGGGAGCCGUCUAAGGGCCCCGAACUCAACCUGUGAGCUCCGGAAAUCCCUUUAAGAUGCUUUUCAAAGUAGUUGACUAAGUUGUAAAGUAUGUUUUAGGCUUUAAGUGUUUAGAGAAAAACAGCAAGAAGAUAAAACCAGCUGCUGAUGCUGUUCCUGCUGUCGUAAAGCCUGGUUAAACUGGCUGAGUGGGAUAUUAGUCCGGUUUAUCUAAUUUAGUGGGUCAGAAAUAUAAAUAAUGACAUUUGGUCUCCAAUAAUCAGCCACCAUGUCUAAAUAUUUAUCCUCCCAUCCCUCCUUCAUCAUCUUCCUUAAAAAUGCUUUCAGAACAGGCAAAGCGGCUGAGGAAUCAGGAAAUUUGGACCUUUUGAAAUGAGAGAAAGUUUCAGGAUCCUGAGUUUGGAUCCACAACACAGGAUCAAAAUAUCUUUUCUUUUUUUUUUACUAUUCAGUUGUAAAAAUUAUGCUUCUAUCAGUAAAAUGCCACCUGCUGAAAAGAAAAGACCAAACAAUGCUGGAAACGUGACGGGCAGCUUGUUGUGAAGCAUCAUCUAGACCAGGGAUGUCAAACUCCAGUCCUCAGGGGGGCGCUGUCCUGCAACAUUAUACACCUCUGCUUCAGCACACCUGAGUCAAACAAUCAGGUGAUCAGCAGCACUCUGGAGAACCUGACUGCAGACUGAGGAGCUAAUUCAGCCGUUUUGGUCGUGUCUGUGGUCCAACCCCCCCCUGAACAAAAGUUCUGAAGGACUGGAGUCUGACUCCCCUGAUUUAGACGAUGGAAUACGAGGAAGUCCAGGUGCUUCUGAUGCCUGGACUCCUAUUUCUCGUUAAGCCUUCACUCAUCUUAAUCAGUUCUGUACGGAUGUUUGUCGAUCGGACUCGGCACAGCCGGUCCCAACGGCCCCUCGCUGGAGAAAUCUGGACCCCCUCCUGCUGGACGUUUACUUUGACAGCUGGAAAAUAAGGAAAUUAUGACAUAGUUAACCGUACGUUUCAUGAAUCCCUGACAACAUAAGAUCUGUAAUUCGCAUUUUAAAGCAAAGCUGCACAAGUCUUGGGUUUUAAAAGCGAGUCAGUAGUUCAGAGAAACCCUGCAGACCUGAAGGAGGCGCUUCAGUCGGCUGGUGAGGAGAAAUUAGGGCUGGGCGAUAUGGAU